AUGCGAGUUCACCUGUCUUCUGACGAAGUGAACUUGCUGGUUCACCGCUACUUGCUCGAAAAUGGCUUCCUCCACUCCGCCUUCGCCUUCUCUGCGGAGGCCGCGAUCCCGAAGAACCCGUUCCACGUCGCGCACGCCGAGAAGCUGCCGCCCAACGCGCUGGUUACUCUCCUCCAGAAGGCGCUGCUCUUCAUCUACAUCGAGUACCACACCGAGGACGAGACCGGCCGGCCCAUCCCCUGCGAGGAGACUUUCUCCUUCUUCAAGCGACACGAGUGCUGGACGCGCCGAGAAGCGUCCGGCGACGAACUCAGCUCGCUGGUCGGCGCGGGCGCCGCCCUCGGCGCCGACGCGGCGCGCGGCGCCGGCGACCGCGAGCCGCCCCUCGGCACGCCGCGGAAUGCCAACUCCUUUCAGCUGACGCAGUUCGCCGCCAAGCUGCGCGAAGGCGCCCACCAGCACGCAGCGGCAACCGGCAACAGCGGCAGCAGCGGCGGGAGCGGCGCACCCGCGCCCGUGCCGCCGCUGGAGCCCGAGGGGUUCGCGGAGGACGGCGGCCUGGGAGCGGACCGCGGCGCGAGCGCCCUCCGCGGCAGGCGGGGGACCAGCGUCGCUGGCGGCGCUGGUCCCCGCGGAAAGAAACGCGCGCGCGCGCACUACCGCGGCGGACCGGCGGGCGCUGCAGGCGGGAGCGGGGCGGACACGCCAGACUUGCUGCUCAGCGGGUCCUCGCAGGCGGCGGCGAGUCUCUCUGUGGAGGUGGAGCGGAAGGCGGCUUCGCUGGGCGAGGCUGAAGGCUGCGCCGCCUCUUCCGUGGCUGCAGAGAGCGACGGAGGCGGCGCGUCGAACUCGGCUCUGGGGGCGUAUAGCGCCGUCGACGUCGCAGAGGGGCAGAUCUACGUAGGGCUGCCGCGCCACGCCUGCGAGGAGAAAGUCGCGGUGAAGAACUUCAUCCGCCUCCUCCCGGGACAGGACGGCGACUCCGGCGCUCUCUCAGAGUGGAGUCCCGUCGAUCCCUGCCUCAUCGUCACCAACUUCGCUGCGGGAAGCCCGUGGCUCUAUCGUCUGCCUUCUCUGGAGAUCUCCGGUCCUGGUGCGUUGGCGCCUUGGCGCGAACUCGCCGGGCCCCGCGUCGCUGGCGCGCUCAACCCUGGCUCUUCUGCUCACUGGAAGAGCGACGGCGAGCUGGUCGCGACGGGGUACGAGUCGGGCGACGUCCUCGUCUGGCAUCCCACGGAGCCGGUGUGCGUGGCAUCGCUGGCAGUUUCCCGCACGUCAGUCAUUUGCACUGCGUUCUCGCCCGACGGUCACUUCCUCGCGGCCGCAUGCGCAGAUGGCGCCGUCGUCAUCUGGGAGUUGCGGCGCCGCGACAAAAGCGCGAAGAAGCUGCGCGAGCCGGUCCGCGCCGGCGAAGACCGAGACGGCGAGAGUGGCGGGAAAACGCCCGCGGCGGACGGCGCCAAGAAGCGGGAGCACGCAGAAGCCGCCGAUGCGAGAGACGACUUCGAGUUUGUUCGCGUGCACGCCUACCGCCACAGAGGUGAGAGACUCCACGCGCGCGCGACCCCACCGUCCUCGAUGCCGGAGCGCCCCGCGCGGAGCCUCUCUUGUCUGUGUGCGGCUCGGUACCCCGCACCUCGACAACCGCGUGUCGCACUGUCUCUCUCUCUCUCCCUCGGGGGGGCGGGCGGGGCGGCGCCUUCGCUGCAGACUGUGACGACUCCGCUGGCGUGUGCGGCGAGGAGUGCGGAAAACGAGAAGAAGAAAGUGAAGCGCGAGAAGGAGGACUCCACGGGCGGCGCGGCUGCUUCGCCGCGGAGCAAGAAGGGCGAGGAGGAGACCGAACUCGAGGUCGGCGCGCUCCCGGCCUUUCCCGCGCGCAGCGCCGAGGAGGAAGAAGAGAAGAGCAAGAACGGGGCUGGAGUGAAUGCAACGGCGGAGCUCGCGGAGAGCAGCGAGGCUGAAGUCGCCUCUCUCCGCUGGAACGCUAGCGGCACGCUCCUUGCGAUUGUCGACUCCUCUCCAGUUGUGAAGCUGUGGCAACUUGACGACCCCCAGGCGCCGCUCAUCGAGCUCUCGGCGCACACAGAGCCUGUGAUCAAGGCGGAGUGGAGAGACGGCGGCCCAAACGAUACUCAGGAGUUCCUCGUCACCGUCGCCAUGGAUCGCCAGUUGCUUCUGUGGGAUUUAGCCUUCUCUAAGGAAGCCCCGACGAAGAGCGUGGCAUACAACUACCCCCCGACGUCUCUGCGCAUCAGCGGAGACGGCAGCAGGCUCGCGGUCGGGACCUACGACAGCGUCGUGCACGUUUACUCCCUGCCAUCACUCACUGAAGUGGCUUCCAUUAUCGACCCGCAUAUGGUCAUUCCUCACAUCACCUGGAGAAGCACACACGACAGCAUCGCGUACAACGUCUUCAACAUGGGUCGGACCAUUGUGGUGAUGGCGGACGAGAAGGCUGAGGACGAGAAUGCGGAGUAG